CCACACCAGAUCUCCCAUGCACCAAAAUUUACUUAGAAAGAGAGAUCCUUUGGUUUCUUAAAGAGGUCAGCGUAUAUAUCCAAGAGAUCGUGUUGGAGAGAGAUAAGGAAGACUGAAAGAGAGAGAGAGAGAGAGAGAGAGAGAUGGGGAGAGCUCCUUGCUGCGACAAGGCAAACGUGAAGAAAGGGCCAUGGUCCACUGAAGAAGACUCAAAGCUCAGGGAGUACAUAGAGAAAUAUGGAACUGGUGGGAAUUGGAUUGCUCUCCCACAGAAAGCUGGUCUGAAAAGAUGUGGGAAGAGCUGCAGACUGAGAUGGUUAAACUAUCUCAGGCCCAACAUUAAACAUGGUGAAUUCACUGACGAGGAAGAUAGGAUUAUCUGCAGCCUGUUUGCCAGCAUUGGAAGCAGAUGGUCAAUAAUAGCUGCUCAGUUACCAGGAAGGACAGACAACGAUAUCAAAAACUACUGGAACACCAAGCUUAAGAAGAAACUCAUGGCCAUGAGCAUGACUUCUCAACCCCAUAGAAAACCACCACCAUUCCCAUCUUCUCAUCACACUCCAUCUGUUUCAUUUUCAUCUUUAUCAUCUCUGUACAAAGACUGCACUACUUAUCAGGAUCCAACCAGAUCUUUCACAGCCUUUGAACCAAUGUCAUCGGUUCAAUCUGACCUAUUGAGCAAUAACAACACUACCUUGGCUACCAAUUCUUCUCUUAUUCACACCCCGGAGGCUUUGGUGAAUUACAUGCAGUAUUAUCCGGUGAAAGAAAAUUUUCUCAUGUUUGGGAGCGAAUCAAGCUGCACCUCGUCUGAUGGUAGCUCCGGCCACAUCAGCUUUGGCAGAGAGAUGAAGCAAGAAAACAUGAGUUAUUUUCAGGGUUUUUGUGCCACUAAUGGGUAUGAAGAUAAUCACAACUUCAUGCUGAAUCCUGGCACCAAUAAUGGAGGUAAAAAUGUUAACCAAUGGGCUGAGAAGCCAAGGGAGUACAAUUUAGAAAAUGAUCUUGAAGAUUUCAAGAGACUGAUUAGCUCUAGCAGUAAUAAUUGCUGCAACAACAACUUCAUUGAUGAAAACAAGACACAAGAGAAAAUCAUGUACUUCUACUACUGAAUGGACUGACGGCAGGUGUAAAAUCAGAAAGAUUUUGAUGGGGUAAGGGGCAAAGCUGAGGGAGAUGGAUUGACAGUGUAGAGAUUCAGAUUUAAGACUUUCAGUUUCUGGGGUUUUGUGUUCUGAUGAAAUGAAACAUUUCUACUUUUGACAGUACAUGGUAAAGCACUAAGCUUUUUUAUUUUGUGCAAUUUUCUUUUAGACACGCGAUGGUGAUGAUGUUAAUGUUGUACGGUCAGUGGAACCCCCAAUUGAAAAUCAAUGUUUAUGAAAGCUAGAAAAGUAAGCAUCAUCGUUGAAGCACACAAAAUCUCUGAUAUCAAGAUAAACCCAAGCAUGCACUGUUUUGUGUUUUCUGCUUUUAAUUUAUUCAAUGUUUUUAGUGGAUUUUCAAGACA